UUCAUUCCAGAAAGGUCGCGAAACCAAUAGGUUCUAUUGUGGAAAGAAACGCAAAUUUCCAGUUCAUUUGGAUUGUUUAAAUCCGAGAAAACGAUGGCAACGGAUGUGGAGCCGGCGGCGAAUACGGCGGACAAGUUCUCCGCCAACGCGGAGGAGCUAGAGGGCUACUAUCUGAUGCUGGAGGCGGGAAAUAUUCCGGAACUGCAAUGGCAAUUUCCGGGACGCAGGGCUCCAUCGCCGGAGGCGGGAUCUGGCGGCAAUAGCAAGGAACUCGAACAGGCCACCGACGCCAUUGAGCAGGAACCGCAGAAGGCCAACGACUUUGAUUUCAGCGACGAUGUGGCCCCCACCCAGAUGCGCGUCCGCAGCCAGACGUCCACGCCCAAGUCGGCCAAAAAGAAGACGGCCAACUUCGCCGGCGUCAUGGAGACGCUGAAGAAGAAGAAUGCCGAGAGCUCAUAGCACCCGCCGAAAUUCUGAUGCUGAUCCGGUCCAGGCAAUCGGCUGCAGAUCGUACUCUAUCGCCAUGCGGACUAGUCUAUAAGCAUCAGUCGUUUUACAACCAUCGACAGGAUGGGCUGUGGAGCUCUGCUGCAAAUCGCAUUAAUGUAAGGAUUUAGAGAGAGUUUGAACUUCAAUUUACUUAAGAUUUAAAUUACCAUACUUAUAGUUAGCAUUUAGAGAGUUUGAAGUUUGAACAUCAAAACAUAAGCUUAUUAUGACUUAUUAGUCAGCAUCUAGAGAGGAAGUUUAAACAUCAAAACAUAGGCAUAUUAUGACUUAAUUACCAUAUUCAUGUGACUAGCUUGUAGCUUAAAUUGCAGCAGUCUUUGGAAUUCUAAAAAACUUUGUGAACCAACAAGUUGCAACUCAGAGAAGUUUGAACUUCAAUUACCAUAUAUGCAUAACUAGCUGUUAAGGAUGUUAACUCCCAUUGCAUUGGUCAGUUCUUCAUUUUAGACUAAGAACUUGUAAUUGAGAAGAUAGCAUAGAACUAAUCAACUUAUGUUUAAGCAGAGGGAUGUGUAUGUGAUCCUUAAUUAGCACGUGGGAAAUUUACGUUCUAAAUGUUAAUUGUCUUUAUUUGAUAUAUUAUGACAAUAUUCUUGAUAGUAUUGUCCGAAACCGACGUUUGAAGACUAGAAUAUAGAAUAUAGGAUAGAACGGAUGUAAAUUUAAAUCCAAUGCGAGUAAAGCAGAUAACAAGAUAGGCAACUGUAGAUCAGUCAACUUCUGUACAUAAAAGAACUGAAUUUCACUAAUAGCUGUUAAAACUAGAAUAUAGAAUGUAGGAUAGAACGGAUGUACAUUUAAAUCCAAGAUGAGUAAGAUAACUAUUUAGUAAGGCAACUGUAGAUCAGUCAACUUCCGUACAUACAACUAAUACGAAAUGAAUCAGCACAGUUGCCCUACUAAACAAUAUCAACUUCUCAUGAGCUAAAAAUAGACUACUAAGAAUUAUGAUAAGCCAAGGUUGUUCCGGAAAACGUAACUCCAUCCCUUUCGUUUUCGUAGAAAAACCUUCUAUAUAUAAUGACAUCAUUAUAUGAUGUUAUGUGUAGAUUAGAAUUCCCAUAUGCUGCUAACCUAAUGGUUCGCAGUUAAUAAAAGUUAGCAUUUAAACACGU